UCUCUCUCUCUCUCUCUCUCUCUCUCUCUCUCUCUCAUAUACACCCCUGGCGAAUUCAACAGCAUGCAAAGUUGGAAAUCCCAAUUGCGAAAUUAGGGUUUAAGGGAAUCGCAAUGCCUGCUGUGGAAUUCAACACGGCGGCGAAGAAGAGGCUCUUUUUAAACGCCAGGAGCAACAAAAGAGGAAAGAAAAGCAAAUUGAUGAAUCCCAGGAGAACAUCAAAAAGAAGAAUCUUCAUGGGGAUUCACAAUGGUGAAGAGGCAGAGAAGGGGAGGAGCCCUUAGAAGGACAUGCAUCGUCUUCAUCUCCAACAGGGAUUGUUACUGGUACACAAAGACCUGACAUUUCGAAUGUGGAGGAAACGGAAGAAGAAUCAGAACAGGGUUGGUGGCCUAUGUUUCCUGGUCCCGUAAACCAAGUUCUGGGAAAGAUGGGAAUUUUUCUCUUUGAAGUGCUUCUGUUUCCUCGUGAUGUUGAACAAGACAGGCUCCUAAUUCCUGUGGAAGCAGCUUUGGAAUAUUUCCCGCCUCUAGCCAAUCGCCAGGAAACUUACAAGUUGAAGAUUGAGAUUACCGACCAUCAAAACUCCCUUUGGCAUAUGACUGUGACAUAUGAUCCUUCAGAGUGUUCCUUCGUCGUGGAAAACAAAUGGAAGAGGUUUGUUGCCUGGAACCGUUUGGAAAUUUUGGAUGUGCUCCGCUUCUACAAAACUGUCCCGAUUUCAUAUGACUUCCAUUACCUGGUUGAACUCGUGAAAAGAAGAUCUCCACUGAUUAUCCCUGAAUUCAAGUUUGAAAAUUUCAUGUUUCAGCUGCCAUUGACCGAUAGGGACAUCCGGUUCCAAAGGCUCUUCAUUACCACCGAAGAUGUACGCAAACAUUGGCCUAAAGUUGGAGUCCCUGCUGAUACCCAUUACUUUGAGAGGCUGUAUUUUUCUGAUGAUCUAAAUGCUGCCUUAUGGGGCAUAAAAAUCGCAUACGAAAUUGAUAGUUACAACCUUAUGCUGGCUGAUUUUGUCACCAAGUACAAUUUGGAAAAAGGAGAUAUGAUUCGCUUUUAUAGACCUGUACAUCCUUUACACUCGCGUCACUUCCUUAUUGAAUAUGAGAAAGGAGUUGGUAAUCGGACUCAAUCCGAGAUUGUAGCAACAGAUGAUACCAUGGACAGAGGCGGUGAAGGACAGGGUGAUGGUGGAGGACGCGGAACAGAUAGAGGCAGCAACAGAGAUGGUAAUCCGACUCAAUCCGAGACUGCAACAACAGAUGAUACCAUGGACAGAGGCAGUGAUGGACAAGGUGAUGUUGGAGGAAGGACUGAUAGUAGGGGCCGCAAGUGGUGGAAAUUUGGUUUUGGAGGUUGCUGUAUGGCAAUGAAAAGCAAUGCAAGGACGGAGGAGUCUUGAACAAGGAGGUUGCAGCAGUGGUGAUUCAUGGCGAAGGAAAUAUCAGUCAUGAAAUGUAGUUAAUGGGUAGCUCCAUUGUAUAUUCAAGUCAGUAGGAAGACAGGAAAAUUCAAGUAUUAGGUCUGCAGAAAUAUUCAUCCAAUUGCUGACACAAUUGAAAUGUGAAUCUCUUUGAUUACCAUUCCUGUUACAAGAUGUCUCGAUGGUGUAUUGCUUGUCAUUUUUGCGUUGAAAACUAAUGGUUACGGAUGCUGAGCUACCUUGAAUUAUGCAAAGUCCUAAACAAGGAACAGUAGCUAGAUUUUAGGUUUGUUGAUCAUGAAACUGCUGU